GUGUCCGCAGAGGAAAAAGCACGGUUUUGAUGAUGGUUCAGUGAAUAUUCCUCUCACGGAAUCUAUAUUAAAUCCAUCAUCAUUUCCAUGAACAAACAGUAGCUGGAAGUUCUCAAGAAAACUCUCAGCUACUCAGACAGAAAGAGAGAGAUAAAAGGGUGUGUAUUGAUAACUAAAGCACAAUUCAAGGUUUCAUAUCUUGAAUAAGAGUACACACCUUCCUCAUCUCUCUCUUUGAUCACUUGAAUUUCAAAAAAAUGGUGUGGAAUCGUGAAGAUAAGAGCGAAGUGCUUCCACAACGUGUUCAACAGAGCAAUGGCACAUCAUCCAUUGAUUCAGGCCAUGCACGCUUGCAUGAGCUAGGAUACAAGCAAGAACUCAAGCGAGACCUCUCGGUUUUAUCGAAUUUUGCAUUUUCAUUUUCAAUUAUAUCAGUGUUGACUGGUGUGACUACACUGUAUAAUACGGGGUUGAAUUUUGGUGGGCCUGUUUCUUUGGUGUAUGGAUGGAUAAUUGCUGGUUGUUUUACUAUGGUUGUGGGAUUAUCCAUGGCUGAGAUAUGUUCUUCUUAUCCUACUUCUGGAGGACUCUAUUAUUGGAGUGCUAAGCUUGCUGGCCCUAGUUGGGCACCCUUUGCAUCCUGGAUCACUGGCUGGUUCAACAUUGUUGGUCAGUGGGCAGUUACAACAAGCGUGGAUUUUUCACUUGCACAGCUGAUUCAGGUGAUCAUCCUUCUGAGUACUGGUGGAACCUCUGGAGGGGGAUAUGAGGCCUCUAAGUAUGUAGUUAUUGCCAUCCAUGCUGCAAUUUUGCUCUCACAUGCUGUCUUAAACAGUCUUCCUAUCUCGUGGUUAUCAUUCUUUGGACAGCUUGCUGCUGCAUGGAAUGUACUAGGAGUCUUUAUACUCAUGAUUGUGAUUCCUACAGUUGCAACUGAAAGAGCCAGUGCUAAGUUUGUGUUUACUCAUUUCAACACUGAAAAUGGGGUAGGCGUCAACAGUAAAUUGUACAUAUUUAUACUCGGGCUUCUUAUGAGCCAGUAUACGCUGACUGGGUAUGAUGCAUCUGCCCACAUGUCAGAGGAAACCAAGAGUGCAGAUAAGAAUGGCCCUAAGGGAAUAAUAAGUUCCAUCGGGAUAUCUAUAAUUGUUGGAUGGGGUUAUAUACUUGGUAUCACAUUUUCAGUUACGAACAUCCCAAAUCUUUUGAGCAAGGACAAUGAUGCUGGUGGUUAUGCCAUCGCUGAAAUUUUCUACCAAGUGUUCAAAAGUAGAUAUGGGAGUGGAGCUGGUGGAAUUGUGUGCUUGUGUAUUGUUGCUGUUGCCAUAUUUUUCUGCGGCAUGAGCUCAAUAACUAGCAAUUCAAGGAUGGCCUAUGCAUUCUCAAGGGAUGGAGCUAUGCCUUUGUCAUCCUUGUGGCACAAAGUAAACAAGCAAGAGGUUCCCAUAAAUGCAGUUUGGCUUUCAGCUUUUAUUGCAUUCUGCAUGGCACUUACGUCUCUUGGGAGCUUGGUCGCAUUUCAGGCCAUGGUAUCCAUAGCAACUAUUGGACUGUACAUUGCCUAUGCCCUACCUAUCUUCUUUAGGGUGACUUUGGCACGAAAAUCUUUCACCCCAGGGCCUUUCAAUUUGGGAAGUUUUGGGGUCCUUGUUGGUUGGAUUGCUGUGGUGUGGGUUGCAACCAUCUCUGUGCUGUUCUCCUUGCCCGUUGCCUAUCCCGUUACCGAUCAAACUCUCAACUAUACGCCAGUUGCUGUUGGUGGCCUAUUUAUUCUUACUGUCACUGCUUGGGUCUUUAGUGCUAGGUAUUGGUUUAAAGGCCCUAUAACCAAUAUAGACGACUAAAAUAGGCCAUGGAUGUAUAACUAGUUCCUGUACAUGAAAGGUAUAAUAUCAUAUAGGAAGUUCCUUUUCUUGAUUAUUGCAACUUUAUUCUUACUUCGACCAAGAUUGGUAUCAUUAAAUUGUAAUCUAAGGUGUCGUAGAAUUUUCUCAUUUUGGGCAUUGAGCACAUCUCAUCUUAAACGAACAAAGGUCCAAGCAAUAAGCUUCGCAUGUA